AGCCAAUCAAAUCCCAACCCUCUUCCUCUUGUUCUGUGGCGCAUAAACACUGGAAAUCUGCAGACCCAUCUUCACCAGCCAAAGAAUACCUUAGUUUUUUAAUGGCUUCCUUCGUUUUCUGCAUCAAAUGGUAGGUUAGGUACAAUGCAACCUUCUUCAGCAUAAGAUUAUAUCAUCUUUCUCUAUCUCUUUCAGCUUUUUUUUCGAUCAAAAAGCAGAAAGUUCAUCAUCCAUUACCUGGAACAAAGAAAAGGGAUUGUUAUUGAGUAUUAUAUCUCCUGAGAUGUCAAGAUUUUCAAAUGAAAUGAUGCAAAAAGAUGGUAAUCUGAUAUACCCAUCUCCUCUUUCACCUUUUGAUGUUGGCACUGAUUCAAUAUCGAAUGAUUCUGUACCAUCGUCUUCUUCUUCUUCUUCUUCUUCUUCUUCUUUCAGCCGCAUCAGCCCAAUUCUUCUUCUAGUUAUAGUGAUUCUAGCAGUCAUUUUCUUCGUUUCUGGUUUACUCCAUUUGCUCGUUCGAUUUCUGCUGAAAAGAUCUUCCCCGUCAAUCUACCAUCACUCCAAUCGAUACACAGAAAGGCCUGGAUCUCACACACUCCAAAGACAGCUCCAGCAGCUCUUUCGCCUUCAUGAUUCAGGCCUCGAUCAAUCCUUCAUCGACGCUUUGCCAGUGUUCUUGUACAGAGAUAUUAUGGAUUUGAAAGAGCCGUUCGAUUGCGCCGUUUGUCUCAAUGAGUUUUCAUAUCACGACAGGCUGAGAUCGCUUCCCAUCUGCAGCCAUGCUUUUCAUAUCAAUUGCAUAGAUACAUGGCUGCUCUCGAACUCCACUUGCCCUCUCUGCAGAGCCUCUCUUUUGAGCUCCAAUUUUCCUCUCGAAAACCCUAAUUUGGACGAGAUUUUAGGGCGCGGAAAUGGUUCUCACUGGCAACCAGAAAAUCCUAUUUCUGGAAAUCAUCAGAAACGAGUAACAACAACAAUCGAUGAAUCUUCAAGGGAAAUGAGAGUUUUCUCAGUGAGACUCGGAAAAUUCAAAAAAAUAAACAGCGAAGAAGAACAAGAACACGAAGAACAAAUAGAAGAGGAAGGAGAAAGCAGCAACCAAAAUCACCUAAACGCGAGAAGAUGUUAUUCAAUGGGGACUUACCAAUACGUCGUUGGAGAUUCAGAUUUACAGGUGAUGAAGGAGAAAUUAAACCCUGCAAUCUUCCAGGGAAACGGAGAGGUUGAAGGUAAGAAAAUCAGUGGGAGAAGUAACGGGGAAAGUUUCUCGGUGUCGAAGAUUUGGCAAUGGUCGAAGAAGAGUGGAUUGCCGAUUCCGAGCAGCUCGAACAAUCAAUGGAGGCCGGAAUUCGUCUGA